UGGCGGCUUCCCGUUCUUACGUUUAGCGCUGGUGGACGAGAUGACUCGGGCACGAGUUUCCAGCCCUUCACCCAUCUCGAACUGAACGACUCCCCCUAAAGUCGCGACACAACAACAGAAGUGUCUCUCUAUAAAUGCCGGCUCCUACCAGCAGACAGAGAAAGGCCGGGGCUCCAUCUUGGCGGGAGCUUAUUCGUUCUACAGCACAAGGUUUUGAAACUGUAUUAUAUUACACUCGGAGCAACUGCCGCAUGGUCCACUGUCAGGUGCGCAUGUCAGAUCUCGAGUACGGUAAUGAGACGGAAUCGACUCAUUAACAAGUGUCUGAACAGCUCCUGAGAGAAGGAGCUGGCAUGAUUUAGAUUGACGCUCAUUGAAAUAGUGCUCUUGACACGAGAGAAGCUGAUGAGAGUGACGGGGUGGGGGCUCGAUGGGAGACGCGAGAUGGCCUAAAUAGUUCUCUCGCACAGAGAACUCUCCAGUGGAGAGCGGGCAGGUCGAGGACAUCGAACAAGUGAGGACUAGGCAUAAAUCGGCAUUGAAUAGCUCGGAAUUGACGUCAAAUGCAGCGCAGUCAUUGGGAUAAUAGGAACUGAGGGGAACGCGUGAACGGACGCAUGACAUGCACGCACUCAUGCAAAGAGUAGGGGCGGUGGUGGAGGUGCCGGACGAAGGUGGAGGCGGCGAGGGUGAAGCGAGCGAAAGAACGAAUCCGGAAACGAUGCCCAUGCUGUGGAGCUCCCAGAACCAACGGAAAGACGAACGGGAGCUGGCCCAGUUCUUGAGUUCGCUGUAGGCAAGCGGGAAGAGGAGCGGACGAAGCCAACGAAGCCAACAAGCAGGCAGGCAAGAAGGCGCGAAGCACGAGCAGGAGGAGGAGCUAUGGAGGACUCGCAGGUGCGGGGGAGGUGUGGGCAACGUCGAGGCCUCGUGAGAAAUUUUCUGUUUCUGCAGUCGCUGUUCAUGACGGCCAUGGUAUUGUGCGAAGCACAGCGGUCCGCGAGUCUGGCGGGCGACAGCCAGGUUCUCACAGAAUUUCGCGCAGCUAUCGUUGACGACUCGGUCAAAGGGUGUCUCGCAAAUUGGACCGACUCUGUGCCCGUCUGCUCGUGGUACGGGGUUGCGUGCUCUCGGAUAGGAGGAGGAAGCGAGAAAUCUCGCCAGCGGGUUACUGGCAUCCAGCUCGGAGAAUGUGGCAUGACCGGAGUUUUUUCAGCAGCCAUUGCCAAACUUCCGUACCUUGAGACGGUGGAGCUGUUUAGCAACAACCUGUCCGGAACAAUUCCACCAGAGCUCGGCUCUCUCAGCAGGUUGAAAGCGUUUGUCAUCGGCGAAAAUAGGCUGACAGGCGAAAUACCGAGUAGUCUCACGAAUUGCACAAGGCUCGAAAGGUUGGGGUUAGCCGGGAACAUGCUCGAGGGUCGUCUGCCUGCCGAGAUUUCGCGUUUGAAACACCUCGCAUUUCUGAACUUGCAGUUCAACUUUUUCAACGGAUCGAUACCGUCCGAAUACGGGCUUCUCACGAAUCUGAGCAUUCUGCUGAUGCAAAACAACCAGCUCGUCGGGUCCAUUCCUGCAUCGUUCGGAAAUCUGACCAGUCUUACAGACCUUGAGCUCGAUAACAAUUUUCUCACAGGUUCACUUCCCCCGGAGAUUGGCAAGUGCUCGAAUCUCCAGAUUCUCCAUGUGCGGAACAACUCCUUGACUGGGUCCAUACCUGAAGAAUUAAGCAACCUGGCUCAAUUGACGAGCCUCGACCUCAUGGCCAACAAUCUGUCCGGCAUUCUUCCUGCGGCCCUGGGAAACCUCUCGCUGCUCACGUUCUUCGACGCGAGCUCCAACCAGUUAUCGGGGCCGCUGUCUCUGCAACCGGGUCAUUUCCCUUCUCUCGAGUAUUUCUACUUGAGUGCCAACCGCAUGUCGGGGACUCUUCCUGAAGCGCUCGGAAGCCUGCCCGCUCUCAGACACAUCUAUGCGGACACCAACAAGUUUCAUGGCGGCGUUCCGGAUUUGGGCAAAUGCGAGAACUUGACCGACCUGAUUUUGUACGGGAACAUGCUGAACGGCAGCAUCAACCCAACGAUUGGCCAGAACAAGAACUUGGAGACCUUUUACGCCUACGAGAAUCAGCUGACAGGCGGUAUCCCCCCCGAAAUCGGGCAUUGUACUCACCUCAAAAACCUCGACUUGGAUAUGAACAAUUUAACAGGACCCAUUCCGCCAGAAUUGGGUAAUUUGACGUUGGUUGUGUUUCUGAAUUUUUACAAGAACUUUUUGACAGGUCCCAUUCCUCCCGAGAUGGGCAAGAUGACCAUGAUGGAGAAUCUGACCCUUUCUGAUAACCAGCUCACCGGGACUAUCCCUCCAGAGCUCGGUAGGAUACACAGUCUGAAAACCCUUCUGCUAUACCAGAACCGGCUGGAAGGAAGCAUUCCAUCGACAUUGUCGAACUGCAAGAACCUCUCCAUCGUCAACUUCUCGGGGAAUAAGCUGUCUGGGGUUAUCGCAGGGUUCGACCAGCUCUCGCCAUGCAGAUUAGAGGUCAUGGACUUGUCCAAUAACAGCCUGACUGGACCCAUCCCGCCACUGUGGGGAGGCUGCCAGGGCCUCCGCAGAUUCAGGCUCCACAACAACAGGCUGACAGGGACGAUUCCAGCCACAUUUGCGAAUUUCACGGCCCUGGAGCUGCUGGACGUCAGCAGCAACGAUUUGCAUGGGGAGAUACCAGUGGCGCUGCUCACAGGGAGCCCAGCGCUCGGGGAACUAGACCUUUCGCGCAACAAUUUGGUCGGACUGAUUCCCUCGCAAAUCGAUCAGCUUGGGAAGUUACAGGUGUUAGACUUGUCGUGGAACCGAUUGACCGGCAGAAUUCCUCCCGAGAUUGGCAACAUUCCCAAGCUCUCCGACCUGCGGCUCAACAACAAUGCGCUAGGCGGUGUAAUCCCGACGGAGGUUGGCAACCUCAGCGCCUUGACAGGCCUCAAGCUCCAGAGUAACCAACUGGAGGGAGUGAUUCCCGCUGCUCUGAGCAGCUGUGUGAAUCUCAUCGAGCUGCGGCUGGGCAACAAUCGUCUGUCGGGUGCCAUUCCUGCGGGACUCGGAAGCCUGUACAGCCUCUCGGUCAUGCUGGACCUGGGCAGCAACAGCUUGACGGGGUCGAUUCCUCCGGCGUUCCAGCAUCUCGACAAGCUCGAAAGGCUGAACUUGUCGAGUAACUUCCUCUCGGGCCGAGUUCCCGCCGUGCUGGGAUCGCUGGUCAGUCUUACGGAGCUGAAUAUAUCGAACAAUCAGCUGGUGGGGCCUCUUCCUGAGUCUCAGGUGAUCGAGCGGAUGAAUGUUAGCUGCUUUUUAGGGAACACGGGCCUCUGCGGGCCGCCUCUGGCUCAGUGUCAAGUUGUCCUGCAACCCAGUGAAGGUCUGUCUGGGCUGGAAAUAUCUAUGAUUGUUUUGGCUGUCGUGGGUUUCGUCAUGUUUGUGGCGGGUAUCGCGCUCCUGUGCUACAGAGCCAGGCAACGAGAUCCGGUUAUGAUCAUCCCCCAAGGGAAGCGAGCCAGCAGCUUCAACUUGAAAGUGCGGUUUAAUAAUCGGAGGAGGAAGAUGACCUUCAAUGAAAUCAUGAAGGCAACAGACAACCUUCAUGAGAGUAAUUUGAUAGGGAAGGGAGGAUACGGGCUCGUAUACAAGGCAGUCAUGCCGUCGGGAGAAAUUCUGGCUGUGAAAAAAGUUGUGUUCCACGACGACGACUCCAGCAUCGAUAAGAGUUUCAUUCGCGAGGUCGAGACACUGGGUAGGAUCCGGCAUCGCCAUCUGCUCAACCUGAUCGGUUUCUGUUCUUACAAUGGAGUCAGCCUCUUGGUUUACGAGUACAUGGCCAAUGGGAGCUUGGCAGACAUCUUGUAUCUGGACCCGACCAUGCUCCCCCACGGUAUCGCUCAGGAACUCCGGAAGAAACAGCAAGCUCUGGACUGGGGCACGAGAUAUGACAUCGCUGUCGCAGUAGCCGAGGGCCUCGCGUACCUGCACCAUGAUUGUUCUCCCCCGAUCAUUCACAGAGAUAUCAAGUCCUCCAAUAUUCUGCUGGACUCCGAUAUGAUCGCCCAUGUCGGUGACUUCGGCCUGGCCAAGAUUCUCGAAGCUGGAAGACUCGGCGAGUCCAUGUCGAUCAUCGCAGGGUCCUACGGCUACAUUGCACCAGAAUAUUCGUACACCAUGCGAGCAUCGGAGAAGAGCGAUGUGUACAGCUUCGGAGUUGUGUUGCUCGAGCUGAUCACCGGCCGAGGUCCCAUCGACCAAAGUUUUCCUGAUGGAGUGGAUAUCGUGGCUUGGGUUAGGUCGUGCAUAAUUGAAAAGAAACAGCUGGACGAGGUUCUGGAUACGAGGCUCGCCACUCCUUUAACCGCCACUCUGUUAGAAAUUCUCCUAGUGCUCAAGACUGCUCUGCAGUGCACGAGCCCCGUCCCCGCCGAGAGGCCCUCCAUGAGGGACAAUGUCAUCAAACUCAUCCAUGCUCGAGAAGGUGUUUUAGAAAGUGCGUCUUCUCCGGAAGCCGCGGCUUUGACCGGAAAAGUAGCACUCGCCAACGUCCUCGAUGCCGAAUGGGAUUGUAUACCCAAAAGUACUGCAUCUAGUCCCACUCCUUAGCCAUUGCGGCUCCAGACCCUGCCCUUACUUCCUUUCCACUUUACUGUAAAUAUUAUGCCUUUUUUUCCUGGAAAGGUGUACCUGCUUAGCGACACGGGGGUCCCAAUCUCAACAAGCAAUUUCUUUCCUUCAACACUUUUGUAAAGUGUAUCCAUCUUUAUUAUCUCUGUUCCCAUGUGCAUGUGCGGCUCAGCUCAACUGGC